AUGGCCGCCUCCACCCUGUCCGUCUGCUCCAGCGACCUGAGCUACGGCAGCCGCGUCUGCCUGCCCAGGGCCUCCGACUCCUGCCCCGACUCCUCUUGGCAGGGGGAGGACUGCCCAGAGAGCUGCGAGCCGGCCUGCUGCGCCCUCAGCUGCUGCACCCCUGUGUGCUGCACCUCUGUGUGCUGCACCCCUGUCUGCUGCAAGCCUGUCUGCUGUGAGGACUCCCCCUGCACAACCUCUUCCUGCUGCCAGCAGUCUAGCUGCACCUCUUCCCCCUGCCAGGGAGCCUGCUGCACCCCUGUCUGCUGCAAGCCCGUCUGCUGCACCCCUGUCUGCUGCAAGCCUGUCUGCUGUGAGGACUCCCCCUGCACAACCUCUUCCUGCUGCCAGCAGUCUAGCUGCACCUCUUCCCCCUGCCAGGGAGCCUGCUGCACCUCUGUCUGCUGCAAGCCUGUCUGCUGCACCCCUGUGUGCUGCAAGCCUGUCUGCUGCACCCUUGUCUGCUGCAAACCCGUCUGCUGUGAGGACUCCCCCUGCACAACCUCCUCCUGCUGCCAGCCCUCCUGCUGCAUCUCCUCCCCCUGCCAGGGAGCCUGUUGCACCCCUGUGUGCUGCAAGCCCGUCUGCUGCACCCCUGUGUGCUCCGGGUCCACCCCCUGCUGCCAGCCCAGCCGCUGCUGCAGACCCUCCUCCUGCGUGUCCCUGCUCUGCCGCCCCGUGUGCAGGCCCGCCUGCUGUGCCCCUGCCUCCUGCUGUCGGUCCAGCUGCUGCCGCCCGGCCUCCUGCGUGUCCCUGCUCUGCCGCCCCGUGUGCUCGCGCCCCACCUGCUGCGGCCCCACCUCAGGCCAGUCCUGCUGCUGA